AGUAGUAGUAGUAGUCGUAGAUGUAGUAGAAAUAGUAGUACUAAUUCUCGAUAAAAAUGGAUAACCAAGUCGAUCCUUUGUCGUUUUUCAUAAUCAGAUGCUAAUGAUUUGGUGGCGAUCGGCGAGUUGGAGAUUGUACUUGAUGAUGAAGACCCUGAAGCAUGCGUUCUUGAUGUUUGCGGUUGCACGAAGCCAUGCGAUAUCCCACUUUCAUGGAAGAAAUAUUCAACUGAAGAUAUCACAUCAAGUGAUUCAACGGACCAAACAGACGUGAAAACGAAUGCCCCCACUCAAAGUGAAAACCGGAAUGUUGACAAUGAGCAAAGGAGGGCACAAAACUCUCCUGUAACAGGUAACGUGCAAUACAAUUACAAUUCCAAAAUUAAUACCGGACCUGGGAAUCAAGACGACUCUCCUGAGAAAUACCAAUACCAGUCAUUUUCAUCUCCUGUGCAAGGUAAUCGGCCAGGUGGACAGUGGGCCUUGAAUGAGGGAAUGACACCACCAGUACCGUAUUUAGUUCAACCGGGAAUGCCGCAACCAUAUAGAGGACCUGAUCCGAAAGGUUCAUGGCAAUAUGGAGGACCGGUACCAGCCCAGCAAUGGUCAUAUGGAGGACCUGAUCCAAACGUCCCGUCGUCAUAUGGAGGACCAGGUUCCAAUCAUCCACCACGUUACGGAGGACCAGGUCCAAUGGUCCCGCCGCCAUAUGGAGGACCUUGGUACGGGUUUCCAGGAUAUCAAGUAAACCCACAGCAGUCGGACCGUAGACACAUUUCACCAGAACAGUCGUCCGAGCAACACUUGUCACCAGAACAGUCGUCAGAGCAACAGAUAUCUUCAAAGAAACAUGGUCGACUUUUAGAAGCGCCUGGUUCUGGUAAAUCAAAAACAAAAUCACUUAGCCGUGAACACAAACAAGCCGACGAUGAAAUGGGAGAGAAAAAAGAAGAGGAUAUUUCAUGUGUUAAAACAAUUUUAGUAUCUAAACUACCUGACCAUGUGAAAGAAGAGGACAUGAAGAAAUUUUUCGAGAGUAAAAGAAAGUCAAGUGGGGGACCGGUUGAAAAAAUUGAUAUCAAUCAAGAAAAACAAACGGCGAUCGUAACUUUUCAGAAAGCAGAAGUGGUUCCACGUGUACUAGCUCGUCGUCCAAUUCUUUAUAAAAAGGCAAUUAUCGAAAUUGAAGAAUUUCGCGUUGAAUGUGAAAGUGACGAUGAAUCGGAGGAAGAAACAUCAGAUAGUGACAUAGACGAUCAGGAGGAUUUAUCCACUAUAGAAGUCCACGGGAUGUCACAAAAUACAUCAUGUGAUACUAUUCAGUUCUAUUUUGAAAACAAAAGAAAAUCAGGAGGAGGAAAUAUCAAGGAGUUCGACUUCGAUGCUGAAAAAGUCAUUGCAAUCAUCACAUUUGAGGACGCCUCAGUAACUGACGAAGUCAUCAGAAGAAAACAUGUCCUGGAUGGCAGGACACUGGAUGUGAAGAUGUUUGUCCCGCCCCCACCUGUACAGAUGUGUGAGGAUAAAGUCCUACUCCGGGAUGUCAAUCCCGACACAAGCAGAGAUGCACUGGAGAACUUUCUGGAACUAAAAGCUUCAGCCCUUCCAAAAUCUUUGAUAUUUGGUGAAGAAACAAUUCUUGUGACGUUUGACAAAAAUAUUGACUUUGAUACGUUUGCAAGUUUAUGUCAAAAACGUAAACUGGAGGGUAGCUUUCUCAAAGCUGAGAGAGUUGCAGUCACGAACUGUGUGUCUGUGGGUAACCUGAAUCCCAACACGACUUCAGACGCACUGGAAAUGUUCUUUGAGAACGGAAGAAGAAGCGGGGGAGGUCAUAUACAAAAAGUAGAAAUGUCAGACGUUGACAACUCAUGUAUUAUCUUCUUUGAAGAUUGUAAAGUGGUAGACAGCGUAUGCGAUCGUCGACAGUUGGUUUUGGACAAUUCUACUUUAUCUGUACAUCCCCAUUAUACUGGUCUUGGUCAGGUGAGUGACGGAGAUGGACAAACGCACGCCUUUAAAGCACCUCCGCCAAUAGAAAUACAGGACACUGAUAAAAUCAAGAUGUAUGCAUUCCUGUACCAGCAUGGCAGAAAAGAAGUUGAUCAAACACUAGAAGCCAUUAAUGCUCGGAUUGAUUGGCCCGAACAUUAUGAUGACGUCCAGUUUUCAGUUUCACCAACUCUUUCGAAAACUACAAAGAAUGUUAGAAAAAUGGCAAAGACGUGGAACAAUGAUGUGCUGCAAGCAAUGUUCAAGAUCGAGAAAAGCCUCAAGAUUGAAACAAUAAAAAUGUUGAAAGAAAUUUGGAAUGAUGAUUUCAAGGCAAAGGUAUUGGCUGACGCGUCCUCAGACUCCUCUUCAGUACACGUGUCCUAUGACGAUCAGUCGUCUGAAGUAACAUUAAUUGGGUAUCAUAGACAAGUUGACCAGAGAGCACGAUUGAUCGAAGAAUCAAGAAUUAAGGCGGAAAAUGACCUUGAAAGGAAAAAGAAAAGAAUAAGAGAGGAAAUGAACAUUAGUAUUCCGAAGCUGGUGCUACUAUGUGACCUGGAUACAUUGAAAAUAUUGCGCCGAGAUAUACCAGACCUGGCUGUCACAGCAGACACCGAUAGAGGUAAACUUCUGUUUGAAGGUCAACUCACUGAUAUCAAGUUGGCACAAGUGAAUAUAUAUGAAACCAUGAGCAAGAUAUCUCAUACAAAGAUGGAGAAACAGUUUUCAAAUGCAGCAUUGCUUUUUCUUAAAACUGACGCCGUUCAUCAAUACCUGAAAUCCAAGAUGAAGGAAGCCGGUAUUAGAUGUUCAUGGGAAGUCCUUCCAAGUGACAGUUCUAUCGUUUUGUACAGUCUUACCCAACCCGAUAUAGUCAAGGCGGCAGAUCUAAUCAAGGCACGAGUUAUGGAGAAGUCACACCAAAUCGACAGACUUUCGAUAACAUUACUCUCAAAGGAUCCGUGGAAGAAUAUCUGCGAUAAUUUCAAGAGAAAGUUUCCUGGGAUGGUUCAGGUUGAAGCUGACAUAACAAGGUGUCAAGUUCAGAUACUAACAAUAGCUGAACAUUGUGGCGAAAUUUUAGAAACCAUUGAUGACUUCCUUGGCAAAAAUACAAUCAUAGAGGAGUCUAUGAAACUUGAACCAGGAAUAUCCAAGUACUUCAAGCAGUACAAACGCGACAAGUUGACGUUAAUUGAAAGAAGGUCAGCCCAUGGAAAUAUCAAGAUCAGUCUAUCAGAUGAGGAAAUGGUCAUUCGUGGUUCGAGAGAUGAUUUGAAUCAUGCAAAACCUUUGGUUGCAGAUCUAGCUUCGAACGUUAAAUUUAAAUGUUUCUCUUUGGAUAAACCUGGAAUCCAAGAGAUAUUACAAUCUGAUUCUUGGGAGUCAUGUAGGUGCGAUAUCGAAACUAGGCGGACCUGUAUCAUAGAAGUUUCAACAACUGGGAAGAAAGAAUUAACACGGUCAAGCCAUCCUGGUUCAACUUUGGAUUCACAACCUGAGUUGAUAGCAACUGGGACAACAAAGAAGGGGGCUGUUAUCAAGACGUUCCAAGGCGACAUUACUCAACUGAGAGCGGACGUGAUUGUUAAUGCUGCAAACAGUAGCCUGAAUCAUGCUGGUGGACUAGCAAAAUCAAUCGUAACAAAAGGUGGGAAGAGUAUUCAAGAUGAGUGUACAGAAUACGUCAAACGGAAAGGUCAUCUUCAUGACGGAGACAUAUACUGUAGCAAACCAGGAAACCUGAAAUGUAAAAUGAUAGCACAUGCAAACAGCCCCAACUGGCGAGAUGGAAAACAAAGAGAACAAGAAUAUCUUGACGGAGUUGUUUGGAAGAGCCUAGAAGAAUGUGGUCGCGGAAAAUAUACAUCCAUAGCAAUGCCAGCGUUGGGUACAGGAAUAUUCCAAUAUCCUGAGGAUAAAGCUACACAUGUCAUCAUUGAAACAAUCCUCGAAUUCAUGGAAGAGGAGACACAUACCUCUGUGAAUGAAAUUUACCUGUGUGACAUUAAUCAUACAGCGGUCUCCUGCUUCGCCGAGGAACUAAAAGGUCAGCUAGGAGAAGCAUCCGUGGUAAAUCACAAGAAACCUGUUAACGAUCAAUGGAAACGCAUCGGCCAGAAAGACAAAAGGGUUGCUACCAGUAAGGGAGGAAAUUUGAAUAUACAGAUUGUCAAAGGGCAGAUCGCUUCCGCGCAAACUGACGUCAUUGUAAACACCACGUCAUGUGAUCUACAGUUACAAGCUGGAGCUGUAUCUAGUUCCAUCCUCAGAGCAGCAGGACAAUCGAUUCAGGACGAAUGUCAUGUUGGCUAUCCAGCUGGUAUUCAGUACGGAAACGUGGCUACGACAACAGGAGGACAGCUCGCAUGCAAACACAUUUUCCAUGGAGCAUUGAAUAAAUAUAAGAGUGACAUGGCUUUUCAGCAAUUUCAAGAUUUUAUUAGACGUUGCCUGCAAAUGGCAGACGAUGAAUUGAUGACAUCAAUCUCCUUCCCAGCUCUGGGAACUGGCAACCUUGGGUACCCUCAUGAUAUUGUUGCUGCAGAAAUGUUCGAAAUUGUCAACGAAUUCGAUCCAAAGACCCUGAAGGAGGUUCAAUUCGUCAUAUAUGAGAAAGAUGACAAAUCAAUUCAGGCCUUUCAAAACGAGGAAACCAAAUGGUCAUCUGCUAGCGGUCACUCAGAUGUUCCUACACAAUCGGACUCGGAUGUUAAUUGGAGACAAAAACGAAUAUUCAAAAGUACUGCUUCUCUUCAACAACCCAACAACUCAAAUAUGCCGAAAACAAAAUCAUCAAGAAAGCCCGCGUCAACCUCUGAAGCAGAGGCAACUUUUGGACCUGCCACUGUAACUAUCCGAGUUGGAAACAUCACUGAAGCUGCGUGUGAAGCUAUUGUUUGUUCUACAGACAAGCAUUGCAAUAUGACAGACGGAGUUGCAUACGCCAUUCAACAGAGAACAGGAUGGGAUUUGGACAAGGAAGUCUCAAAAAGGAAAAAAACAUUAUCACGGCACGGCAUUGCCUUGAUACCGAUUAAAGGAAUGAAAAGUAAAUCAAUCAUCUUGGUCAACACCCAAGGAGAUUUGGAAAAAUCACUGCGCCUAGCUUUGACAAAAGCUGAUGAAGAGGGACAUAAAUCUCUUGCUGUGCCACUGAUUUCUACAGAAACAAGAAUGUUUAGUGAGACAUUAUGCAAAGUCAUUACUGGAAACUCAUUCAAGAAGUUAGAGAAAAUUGAAGUGGUUCUUACCAAACAUACUGACUUUACAGACGUUUCAUCAAAUGUAAAGAAAUACGUAGAAUCAAACAGACCAGGAAUGAUUGGAAAAUACAUCAGGAGACCACUUGGUUUUGCGCCUCCGGACAUGUCAUUUCGAUAUAAGACUGACGAACUAUCUUCAGUGUCCAGCAUCACUCUCGUCAUAUACGGGGAAGUUGAAAAUUCUCUUGAUGCCGCUUACAGAGAUGUAGAAUUCUUUUGCGACAAAAAUAUAACCGAACAUAUUGUUGACGAUCCUUUAAUUAAGGAUUUUUCGGACACCCAACGAACAAGGCUUGACGAAUUUAAAGGAUCACUUGGUGUACAGAUGAUAUUUGAAAAACGCCCUCCUCGUAUUAGACUAUCAGGUUUGCCUGUGAAUGUUAAAAAAGCUUCAAAUGAGAUCGAUCACAUGAUUAUGGAUAUUCAAAGAUUGCAUCUGACGAAAGAGAGAGAAAAGAUCACCGCGAAAUGUGUAGAAUGGUCAGUAAUUGAUGAAGGCGAUGACGGUAGAAAACUGCUACCUUAUCCAGAGGAACUAAACCAUACGAUCGAAAACGACUACCAACAACAAAAACCAAACGCUACAUUUUGUGAUGAAAACGGUACCCGCUACGAAAUUGACUUUUCGACCAUGGAAGAAUAUCCUGUCCAUGAUCAGAGCGACCGGGCGAAAGUUUUACGGAAAGACAAGCUACAGGCAACCAAAGUCUUAGAUUCCGGUCUUCAGACUCCGACGACAUGGACCCCGAUGACCGAUCAGGAUCCAGUAAUCGUUGUACCAAUGCAAGAAACUGAUUCCGAGUAUACAGACGUGUUGAAAGAUUUCAACGCUACAAUUGGAAAAGAUAAUCCCACAAUAGUUAAGAUUGAAAGAAUACAAAACCAGACACUGUACCAACAGUAUGUGACUAAAAAAGCAGAGAUAGACCGAAGCUGCGGCGGGCAGAGUGAGAAAAUGCUGUGGCAUGGAACUGCAGAGGGUGCUGUAGACAGUAUCAACAUGUAUGGCUUCAACCGAAGCUUCUGUGGGAAAAACGCAACUGUUCAUGGCGAUGGUGUGUACUUCGCGUGCAGCUCCAAUUAUUCAGCCAGAGACACAUACUCGCCUACUAACCCAGCUGGGCAGAAAAAGAUGUACAGAUGCCGAGUCCUCGCAGGGGACUUUACACAGGGACGAGGAGGAAUACGUGUCCCUCCAGCAAAGAAAGGUCACAUUCUAUACGACUCUGUAGUCGAUGACACGAACAAUCCAAAUAUGUUCAUCAUUUUCAACGACACCCAGGCUUACCCUGAGUACUUGAUAACAUUCACAAAAUAGACAAGGCUGACAUCAACCAAUUCCAUUGCUGUAUAUAGAACAUACUAUAGGUGACAAACAAGCUAAAAGACUAUGAGGAUUUGUAGCUUUGUUUGAAUUAAUUGUCCAUAGUUUUAAAGCAUGUUUUAUAAAUAUUCUGUUCAGUCAUGAUAAUUAGGAAUAUCCGUUUUGUAAAUGUUAAUUCAUACAUUCUUGUGAAGAUAGGGAUUUGGUUUUGACAACCUUUUCCUUUAAUACAUUUGCUAUAUUCUUCAGCUGUAUGUAAGUGAGUGCACUAAAUCCUUACAAAUAAUGGGAGAUGAUGAUUUUUAUAAACUGUUGUAUGAGGUUUAUGGAUUUAAUUUUUAGUUAACUGUAAGAAAAUGUUUAAAAAUUGUAAAUAUUGAAUAUAAAAUAACUAAAUUAUGAAUACAUGCCUAACUGUUAUUGGUUCUGUGUAAAAAUAGCAAGCACAUUUAUAGUGGUAAUUGAUUUCCGGUAACGAAGGAAUAGCCUUGAAUGCUUUGUCCAAAGGGAAUAUGGCGAGUUCUUAACAUUGUAGGGGGUAAACCAACAACAAUAGCAUAUAUCUUAAAUUAUUGUAAACAUAUAGAUAUUUGUAUAUUUUAUUAAUUUUUUGUUUGAUAGUUUGAUGGUUUAUUUUAUAUAUAACAUUAAAAGUGCGGUAACAUGUUUACUCAGUAGAGAGUUAUCUUAAGCAUAAGGUUGUACAUUUUUUCUAAUAUUUUACUAAUUUAUAUUUAGAUGUGUUUUAAAUUUUAAAUCAUAGUUAUGUUUCUUAUUUCUCGUUACGACUUGAUGAAAAACUAACAGCUAAAUUAUUUUUUCAACAUCUUAAUUAAAAUGUUUAAAAUCACUCAAACCAUAAUAAAAAAACAUCACUUAAGAGAAUUAAUGGUUGGGUUGAUAUUUUUUUUAUUUUUUUCGAUUAAAGAUGAUAUCAUGAAUAAGGAUUAUCAGUUAUCAUUUUAUUAGUUUCUAUUGCACCAGGUUUAUUACACUUUAGCAUAUUAACCAACAGUCUCCAGAGUAACAGUUUGAUUUAAACCUACAUUGUAUAUGUAAUAAUAAGAACAGUGGACACUAAAAUAUAUUUUGGAAUUACGUGUAACAAUGAUCGUACUUUAUAAACUUUUGUCUGACAACAUCCAUUCGUUUUAUUACCAUCACUGUAAGACGUUAUGCAUAAGACCUGUCAGAAAACUGUAGCAUUACUUGUAAAAAUAUAUUUAAAUUGUCCGUCAAAUUAUUCCUAUGCUGUUGUAAUAAAUAUAUGAUUGAUAUAUAGCCAUGGUUCUGUACCACGUUCCAUAUUUGUAACCUAUAUAUCGCCCGUUAUAACCAGAACGUUAUCUUAAUUGUUGUAGAGUAGCAUAAUGCCUACUAUUAUUAGAACUAUAUUUGUUUAUUGUAGUUAAUAUGUAUUGCCUGAUAUAACAAAUGAACGAAUAUUCUUUUAUUUCUGUAACAUAUUGUUACCCGUUACAACUACAUAACUAUUUGUUAAUUGAAGUAAAACAUGUUUUGUUUGCUAUUCCUCCAUGUCCUAUGAUUGUAAAUCAGAUGACAAGCACAUCUUAAGGUGGAUCUCACACAUUGAAGUGGUUUUGGCAAAUGUAUGUUAAUGUAGUGUUUCGGAGCUCAUUUGCAUUAUUAUAUCGUUACCAGGGAACAAAUUUGUAGCGUCACUAUGUGUUAUUUUGGAGGCACGGUAGUCUAGUGGUAUGACGCAGGGCUCGUGACCGAAGGGUUGCGGGUUCGAGUCACUCAUGGCACUGUUUUGUAUCUCUGAACAAGCUACUUUACUUUGUUUCUUCCAGUCUACUUAGCUGUAAAUCAGUACGUGGCUGGGCAGUGCUGGAAUUGUUGAAUGCUAGCUGUGAGCGCCGAAAUGGCAGCGCCAGUUGAAUGUUUCCUUGAUGGAGUUGAGAAAGAUAUUGGCUUGUUGCAAAGGCCUUAUAACCAUGGAUAAUAAUGUGUGAACCACUUUGAGACGACUUACGAAUAAGGUUUUGAUAAAGCGGAAUAUAAGAACCUCGAAUUAUUAUUAUAAUUAUUUUUACCAGAUAUCAUUCCUGUCCUAUGUUUACGUCAUUAUUAAUAAAAGAAAGAUUAUUUUCAAACAAAUAUGAUGAUCUGCUCGUAAUAAUCAAUCUCAAGCAAUAAUUCUUAUGUGUAUCUUGCUGAGAUAAUGCAUUGACAUUAUCAAAAGUAAGGUAUAAUUACUGACAAUUGUAUUCGACCACAGGUUUUCGAACAUUCUUCGAGAUCUUAGGUAAAAACGUUGGUAUCAAUAAUAUAUUACCGGAAUAAGAUAUUGGACUAAAUCAAAGAAUCUGGCUUUGAGCACAAUGUUUCAUGAAUACUGGCCAAACUGUUAUUGAAUAGAAAAAGUCGAUUUAAUGUAAACAUUUGGUAAAAACAAAUCCAUUCUAGAACUGUUUCAUUGAGUUACGUUUUAUUGUUCAAAAUUUGUAUUCACAAAAACAUUAGAUUGAAAAACGUCGUUAAUAGUAUAAUGAAAAUUGCAUCGUAUGUAAUUCGAUAUUGAUGGAAGAGUGUUAUAUUUUGAAAUCGAUUUGAUUUGUUUGAUAAAGCCAAUGUCUUUUAUAUAAAUGGCUACAAUUGCAUUUUAUGAAAUUGGAUAUCGACAGACGCGUUUUUUUCAGAAAUCAAUUCAAUAUUUUUGAUAUAUUAAGCGUCUUUGAUAAAAAUGGCUAUUGUUAGUCCUCUGAUUCUUGGGAUUCUCCAACUUAAUUUUUUACAACGAUUUUGACUGACACUUUCUUACUAUUACAAUAAGAUUGUAUUUGCCGUACAAACUAUAGCUUAUUAGACAUGUCAAUUGUCGAAUAUAUAGUCGACCUUAAACCAUAUUAAGCAUUCUUUUUUUCACAAUAAAAGUUAUAAAUUCAGAUAAUAAAAUUCUGGUUUUAAACAAACACACGAUACAUUUCCCAGAAAAAUGUUGUCAUUGAUGAAUAAAACUUUUAAUUAAUUAGGAUGUUUGUGCACCAAUUUGUUACUUAAAAUGAUAUGUUUAAUCAUGAAGAACUGUUUUAAGUGUGUACUAUUAUUAUCAUGACUAGAAAGCAUUGUAUUGUAUACCAACCUGCUGAUAUGCUGUGUAAUAUCCUACCGACGGGGAUGUCCUACUGUGAUAUCUCUAAUAUUGGUGGUAUCGCUAAAUAAUGACGCAGAUGUGUGUAAAAUCAAUGUUUGUAGAGCUACAAUAAACAUGUAUGCUGAUAUCAAUCUAGGAUUCUACUGUCGAGGAAAAAUUCAAAUAUCGAAAUAUAAAGAACAUAAGAAGACUGCUGUUUGAUACCUUACCUUAGGGUUGGUCAGUAUUUUUGUUUUUCCUUCGCCAGUAGGAUUUCUAGCGUAUGACGCAGAAGUGUUACAUCGUUUUAUGAUUGUAACUUUUAUAUAAGAGAUAGGUCCCCGUUGAUUUUCGCUAUAUUUAAGCAUUAUGUACAUUAGCUUCCAGGAAUAUAUGAGUAUCCUUGUACCACUGCCAAAAACAUUAAGUUAGAUUGGAAUCUUUUAACCGAUAUAACAAUGACUUUAAUAAAUGAAAAAAGAAUCAUUAUCUUGCGAAAUCUUUAUGGAUUAUGAUAAAUAUGAAAUGAAAUAAAUCAACAAACGUAAUUCCUUGGUUGAAAACGCUAGAUUUCCUAUAACAAUACGACCUCUCUAACCAAAUGAGCUGUUACUAAUCAGGGAUAGCUAGCUGACCUAGUCCCAUAAUAGCUAUAUCUAAAACGUAAUUAAGGGGAGACAACUACACGCAUGAAAAAAUAAUCUUCUUGCUUUGCCAACAGUUGGACAGGGAUCCUUUAUCUUUAUCAUAAAUGGUAUGGCAGUGAUAGUUUACUUAUUGUAUGAAGAAGCUAAUUAUGAAUCAAAGUCAAAUAUACACUUAUCUUUUAACUUUUUGACACAUUCUGUUCAAUGAAGUUGUGGUAAAAACAAAAAAAAUAAUUUUUGGUACUCGAAAAAUCAUAAUAACGUUUUAAUGGGUUUUUUUAAUUGAUUUUCUAUUUUCGAAAAUCAGCGGGAACCAUUCUUUUUUUGUAAGGUAUGUAUAUAUAUAUAUAGCAUCGGUUUUAAUGUUUGUGCAAUUUCUACACAUAACCAUUCCUUUCAAUCUAGUUGGACUUUGAAUUUCGCAUACUAUGUGACUUAUGCCAAUAAUGCAUCUUCGCUAGCCAAGGGUUGAUCCGGUACGAUCUACCUAGAUCGUACCGGAUCAACCCUUGGCUAGCGAAGAUGCCAAGAAUGAGGCCUUUGCAUGAAGUGAUGUGUUAACAGCACUGGUCCCAUUGCCCAAUGCCACUAAAUUCAAAUUUAGCAGCCAUUAAACAACAAAAAUAUAAUAACAGUAAAGAAGGUCAACUGCAAGACAGUAUAUAUUUCACUACUUGUGUCUCAUACCCAAUUUAAUUAAUUGCGAAUCGAGAGGAAAUGUAUUUAUGUUUUUAUACUGAACUCAUUCUCCCUUACUGUUUACGUUCUUUUGUUUUUUACACAUAGCAAGUAUUGUACACAAAAUGGUGGAAAUAGUUUAAAACUACAUUAACUUUACAUCCAGUUUCAUGGAAACCUUUAUUAAAUAUAGUGUGUUUGAAUUUCUCACUUUUCGUAAAUUGUUUCAACAUUUAUUUAUAAAACACCUCUCUAGCCCAUCAUCACAACACGUGCAUUGUCAACUUGUUCAUUGAGUUCAAUGGAACAACAUGAAAGGAAUGGUAAAUCAAAAUUGUGUUAAACAAUUCUACUUAUGAAUAGUUUCAUCAAUUCUAAAAUAAUAAAACUAUCUUUUCUAUUUUA